AGAAGAGAGCGAGAGAGAGCGCGAGCUCAUACCCUGCCUGGCCGCUUCGUCUCUCCGGUAUCAGAGCCGCCGUCGUUUUGAGCCCUCGCUUGAAGGCAUUUCGCCGCUCCAACGGCCGUGAAGCUGCUGGGCGGAGCUGUCCUUUAAAACACAACGUUUAGCACAAAACAACCGCAAACUGUUUGAAUUCUCUUUUCCCUCCAAGAGCUGAGCAAUAAGGAGAAGAAACGAGAGAGACAUGGCAACGACAACCUGUACGCGAUUCACAGACGAGUACCAGCUGUACGAGGAGCUGGGGAAGGGAGCCUUUUCGGUGGUGCGCAGAUGUGUGAAGCUGUGUACGGGACAGGAGUAUGCUGCCAAAAUAAUCAACACCAAAAAGUUAUCUGCAAGAGAUCACCAGAAGCUGGAGCGAGAGGCUCGAAUUUGUCGCCUGCUGAAACACCCCAACAUUGUUCGUCUUCAUGACAGUAUAUCAGAGGAGGGCUUCCACUACCUCCUGUUUGACUUGGUGACCGGAGGUGAACUGUUUGAGGACAUCGUGGCCAGAGAGUAUUACAGUGAGGCAGAUGCCAGUCAUUGCAUCCAGCAGAUCCUGGAGGCAGUGCUUCACUGCCAUCAAAUGGGCGUGGUGCACCGGGACCUGAAGCCAGAAAACCUGCUCCUGGCAAGCAAAUGUAAGAACGCUGCCGUGAAGCUUGCUGACUUUGGCCUGGCCAUCGAGGUGCAAGGGGAUCAGCAGGCCUGGUUUGGAUUUGCUGGCACACCAGGGUACCUGUCACCUGAGGUACUGAGGAAGGAGGCAUAUGGCAAACCUGUUGACAUCUGGGCCUGCGGGGUGAUCCUCUAUAUCCUGCUGGUGGGUUACCCUCCUUUCUGGGAUGAGGACCAGCACAAGCUGUACCAGCAGAUCAAGGCUGGGGCUUACGAUUUUCCUUCCCCGGAAUGGGACACAGUCACCCCAGAGGCCAAAAACCUGAUCAACCAGAUGCUCACUAUCAACCCAGCCAAGAGGAUCACUGCUCAGGAGGCCCUCAAGCAUCCAUGGGUCUGCCAACGAUCCACAGUGGCAUCCAUGAUGCACAGACAGGAGACCGUGGAGUGCUUGAAGAAAUUCAAUGCCAGAAGGAAACUCAAGGGGGCCAUUCUUACUACAAUGCUGGUUUCUCGAAACUUCUCUGUGGGCAGCAGGCAGACCACCGCUCCACCCUCUGUCACUGCAGCCGCAGCAGCAGUUGCUGCAGCCGCCGGCACCACCGCUGGGCUGGUGGAACAAGCAGCUAAGACUUUGCUCAACAAAAAGGCAGAUGUUAAGAAACGCAAGUCCAGCUCUACUGUUCAGUAUAUGCCCCAGACAAACAGCACCAAAAACAGCAUAGUCACCAGCCCCAAAGGAAACAUCCCUUCACCUGCUCUGGAACCUCAGACAACUGUCAUCCAUAAUCCAGUAGACGGAACAAAGGAGUCAUCAGACAGUAGCAACACCACUGUGGAGGACGAGGAUGUUAAAGGGAAGAGCUUAGACAACAGCUCGCUUAAGGCGCAGUCCAGCACAAGCUCCCAGCCUGAUAGCUCGCAAGGCUCCUCAUCUGCUGUGUUUUCCGCUGCAAAGUUUGCUGACCUGCUGGGCUCAGUGCGCAGGGGCUCAGGGCCUGCAGCCGAAACUGAAGGGAGAUCUGUCACACCACCUCCCGCUGUGCGCUCAGCCCCCUCCCCUCCACACACCCCUGCUGUCCCAAUGCAGAUGUCACGGCUCACAGACCUGGUAAGCAGUGUCCGCAGGGUGCCGGCACCUCCUGUACCUGAGAGUGAUGCUGCACCGGUGCAGGUACCUAGCGCCAGGCAGCCUCCACCUGCACAAACCACUUCCCCACCUCCCCCCCACUCCCCCUCCAGCCCCUCCCUCUCGUCUGCCCAGACACGCAAACAAGAAAUCAUCAAGAUCACAGAGCAGCUGAUAGAGGCGAUCAACAAUGGAGACUUUGAGGCAUACGCUAAGAUUUGUGAUCCUGGACUGACUUCGUUUGAGCCUGAGGCGCUGGGAAACCUCGUAGAGGGGAUGGACUUUCACAGAUUUUACUUUGAGAACCUUUUGGCUAAGAACAACAAACCCAUUCACACCACCAUCCUGAACCCUCACGUCCACCUGAUCGGCGAGGACGCGGCCUGCAUCGCUUACAUCCGCUUGACUCAGUUUGUAGACGGCCAGGGUCGACCACGGUCCAGCCAGUCGGAGGAAACACGCGUGUGGCACCGUAGAGACAGCAAGUGGCAGAACAUCCACUUCCACUGCUCAGGCGCGCCUGCUGCGCCGCUCCAGUGAGGUCCAGAUGACAACUCACUGAAAGGGAUGAAUGCCAUAGUUUUGUCAGUGAGGAGAGAAAGAGGAAGAAGAGGAGGAGGAGGAGGAGGUGGUGGUGGUGGUGGUGGUGGAGGAGAAAGGGGUGAAAGAACAAGUCCACUGUCAGUUUCAGGGGCUCCUCGCCCUUCUUCAACAAACCCUCCCUCCACAGAUGCCCGGCUUCCACCUCCACCUCCAGAAUGCAUCUCUUCUUCUUCUCUUACUACUACUGCCCCCUGUCUUUCACCUGCUCUAAAACACCUUGUGACAGCCGUCAGACAGCAGCAUCCUCCGUCUCUUCUCUCCAGCUUCCUCUUCUCCCCUGCAGCACACUGGGUGAAUGAUUGGUGGAGGUGGAGGUUUUUUUCUCCACACUUGUGUGAUUCCCUCUUCCUGUGGUCUCUCCCUCAUCCACACACUAUUUGUGGCACCGACCCUCUUGUCCUCAUGUGAAUCCACACUCGUGUGACAUAAACACUGCACUGGAAAUACAUAAUGUAAAGUUUUAAGUAAAAUCUAUUAUCAUUAUCCUUAUUAUUAUUAUUAUUACUAUAUUAUUGUUAUUAUAUUAUUAUAGUUAUAUAGUUACAACACAUUUGAAAGUGCAUUUGUAAUUUGUAUAAUUCAUAAUUCUUGAUGCCAGUGGUUUUUAGAGUUGAAGGAAAUCUUUUGUCUGUUUGUUUGUUUUUCUCUAUCUUUUUAAGGAAGCAUGUUUUUCCCAGUAUUAACAGUGGCUGUUUUUAUUGUGGCUAUUAAGUGGAAAAUGAUAUUGGCAGUUUUUUUGUUUUUUUUGUAAUUUGCCUCUUGUAUGUUAGCUAUAAUACUGCGCCCUAACUCAUGGUCAUUUUGUCUGUUCAUUUGUUUUUUGGAGGAUUAUUUCCUAUUUUCCUUUUCUUUUUUGUCUUUUUUUUGGAAAGGGUGUGUCUGAUGGGUGUCAUGUGAAGGUCAAGAGUGAAUCCGUGUGUGUGUAUGUGUGAGUGAGUGGCUGUGGUUUGGUAAAGCAUGUUCUGAUCCAGAAAACACUGACUCUGCAAAGUUGGAGGAAGUUGGGAACUUUUCCCGUGUUGCAAUGUGAAAAGUCUCUCGAGGGGUCGAGCUUAGUUCAUUGUCUUUCUGACUGACAACAUUUCAAACACAUUUUUAUUUUAUUUUUUUUCUUAAGAAAAAAGCAUCCAAUAAGAGUUUCACCAUGUUUGCGUUUCCAUCUCCGUGUACAGUAUAAGACUGAAGCAGUAUUGUAAACAUGACUGAAAGGAAAAACACGUUCUCCUUUCAUUGUUUUGCUGCACCCAUAAGAAACAAAGUUACAAUUUAUUCAUACAUCAUCACAAAAUACCAAUUUAUUUUCGUGUAUGACCGCAGAUCUUGUGUUUUCUUAAUUGACAAAGCAAACUUGCAACCCAAAGAGGAAAUAUUAUGGCCAAGGGCCACUGCAGCAUAGAUAAUCUGCUGGUAUAAAGUAAAAUGAGGAUUAUUUGUAGGCCUGGACCAGUUAUACACAUUCAAAGUUAUAUUUUCAAAUAACAGAAGUUUAAAGAAAAGAGUCUCAUUUUAGGUGGAAACAUAAUUUUUGGUACAUCAUGUGUGUAUUGCAUUGUCAUUGUAUCUUUCUACUAAAAGGCUAAAGAAUGGUAAAACUUCAUAGCAGACGAGAAAAGGACUUUGACAAUCAAAAUGUUUCAUAUUAUUUUCUAACACACCAACUUGUGACUAAAUGAGAGGCUGCAUGUCACGAUUAGAUAAAUGUAAAAUGUGUGGCACGGCACAGUAACACAAAGGUUCCUUCUUUUGGUGGCAGUGACUGUGUUAUGUUUCCAUACUUCCUAGAACUCACUGUCCUCUGAACCCACACUCUGUUGUACAAGAGUGAGUCACAGAAAUGUCAGUGAGCAGCAGUUCACCGUUGCCUCCCUGUUUCUACCGGGAGCUGUUUUUUGUUGAUUUUCUGCCUUGGUGGUGCAAUAAAGAUGCUCAGUGAGGGAGGGGAACACACUGCUGGUGACUCCUGCUGUUGACAGCUUGAAGCAGAGGCUUGAAGCUCAGCACAUUCUCAAAAGUUGGUGUAUUUUUAACUCGCUAAACACUUGGUGCUGUCGGGAACACAGAAGCGGGAGCUGUUUUUGCUGAAAAUGUCAAAAAGGGAAAGGUGGCGCUCUAAAGAAAAGGUUCCCAGUGGAGGUCUGACCUUUCUUACUUCCAAAGCCAUAUAAUGCAGAAAACUCCUGCUGCUGCCUGUUGAUUCUAAUGAAGCACUCACACUUUGGUCUGAAUCAGUGAUGAGGAUUGACAGAUUUCCCCCGCGCCUUACCAUGAGUUCACAUGUAUCUGCAGGUGUCACACACACACACACACAUAACAGCUCCGCUCUUCUGGCUCCUCAUUUCAGCACAGUCCUUUGCCACCAGCUUGUGUAACAUCUGUGUGAGUGUGUGCAUGUGCACUGCAUCCAUCGCUCUGGAUGUGUAUUGCAAGGUUGAUGUUGAUGAUGUGACCGAGGGCGAAGGCUUUAUUUUGCAGGACAUAUCAGUCUGCUGCCUUCAGCCCAGGAUGCCUUUUUGUCUCCUGAUUUGAUUUUUUAUUUUUUUUUUCAUGUUUUUACUUUUGUGCUCUUUGAUUUGUGUGACAGUAGUAUCAGCUUUUUGUAUGAUAUGAAGUGCUUGUGCCAGGUGUGACGGGAUGAUACACACGGACUUUGCAGCAAUUACAAACUUUUUUUUGUCAGAGUGUGACUUUGCGAUCCGCUCCACUUUUACUUUGCUCGUCCACUAAUGGCUGCCUUUCGCGUGUGUCUCGUCCCAUAUUGGUCAGACCAAGAUAUCAAAGAGACCGGACAGUCGGUUUGGUGAAUAGUCCUCAGGUUUCUAUUUAUUUUGAAUAUUUAUUUAUUUAUUUUAGUGGAUAUUUAUAUUGUGCUUUAUUUGUUAGUGUUUUUUUUCUCAUUGUACAGCUUGUGUGCACGUACUGUCUGCUAUUCUUGGGACACUGCUCCAUCAUAUAAAGGGAUAGUACACAUAGUUGCAUCCUGCAUGUUUUGUUUUUUCUCUGUAACGACCAACAUGGUGUGAAUUUCUUUUACUUUUUCUUGCCUUUGUUCUCUCUGCAACAUUAGAUUUACGCAGACUUUGACAUUUUAACAGUUUUAUGUUGUCUCUCUUUUCUUCUUCAUGUAUACUUUGAACACUUGUGUGAACUAUCCCUCUCAAAAUCUUCACUGAGGCCGUGCAGUGUUUCUUUUCAAACUUUUUUUUUUAACAUUGUUCAUGUCCACUUGCUAAACACACACACCCUACUCCAAAAAAGAGAAGAAAUAGCAGCAUGCACAGUACAAACAUUUUGUUCUUCUGUUCUCCUGUGUGUGUUCACUUGACCAUGAGUUUAAAAAGAGUCACACAUUGAAAAAGUGAGAGUAAACAGUGUUACACAACUGCAAAUAAUUCUUUGCAGCAUAGCUGGCAUUUUCUCUGCAUGACAGUCAACAGCACUCUUUGUAGUUGUUCUUUUGUUGUUGUUGUUUUCCUGUUCAUUUGGUUUCACAUUUUCUACUGAAUGCUGGUAUACUCUACCUUACUAUUUUACUAUUUUCUCAGCUUUUUAAGUGCAUAUAACUAUUUUUGUCUCGAGAUGACAUAAUGAAGAGAAUUCUAUUAAUGACUGUGGCACUAAGGAUGAUGAUGGUGAUGAUGAUAAUUUCGCAUGUUAUUCUACCGGGCUCUGUGUUGUCAGUGCAGGAUGGCUGCCGUUCGUACACGUAAAUGAGAGAAUACUACAAGCACAUGAGAACCAUCGGCAUCAGUGAUAGCGAAUGCAUGAGCCUGUGCUGUGUGUCUCAUUAGAGGCUAAAACACAGCAGCUCACAAUAUUGAGCUCCAGUAGGGGGCGCAAUCACACAACAAAAAGCACAAGCAGACGUAGCUGCACCAUAUGUUUAUUUUAGUGACAACUCGAAUCUGACCACGCAGGCAGAAGCAACAGCAACAGCAGUUUAGUAGUGUAGAGUAAGAACCAGCUUCCAUUGUGAAUA